CUCUCUCUCACACACACGCACCAAAAUUCUUUCUCUUUAGAAAAUCUUCUGUCACAGAUAAAAGCGCAGCUGAAAAAGCUGAUAAUUCUCCGAGUCACCACUACCACCACCAUAUCUGUACGUGGAAAAUCAAAAAAAGGGGAAAAAAAAUACGAAUCUCACAAAUCGAUCUCCAAUUUCUCUUUGUAAUUUCAUAAGAAUUGUACCGUAUACCGGGAAAAUCAGUACGCACAUGGGAAGGUACGCGAGAAAGCGCGACGGAUCAGGAGAAGUGGCGGCGGCGGUCAAAAGGAGGAGGAAAACGGCAUCAGGAGGAUCGGAGGAAUCGACAUCCUCCGCUGAGCUCAAAACGCGUCGCUCAGACGCGCCGGCGUCGGAGAACGCGGCUUCGCCGGCGAAUUCGUGUGACUCGAGCUGCGAGAACGUGGAUAUCUCCGGCAGCGCUUUAGCCUCAUGCUGCUCGAGCAGCGGUUUGAGCGAGCCGGCCGAGAUGAGCCCGGAGUUUGCAGAUCUGGAGAAAAAUGCGGUGGCUGUGGAGUUUUGCGCGACAUCAUCUGAGCAUACGGCGGAUUUCAGAGACAGGGGAGAGAAUUCGCCGCCGCGUGAGGCUCAAACCGAGUCGGGCGACCUGGAGUCCCCGCCACAUGCGUCUGAUUCCGUGGGUAUUCCCACGGCGGAGAUAAUUCCGACGGAGGCCGAGCUCGACGAAUUCUUUUCCGCCGCCGAGAAGAAUAUCCGGCAACAAUUCAUUCAGAAGUAAUUAAGCUUAAUUUCUCUCUUUCAAUCUCUCUCUAAAUGUGUUUUUUCUUUUUUUUUUUUU